UUUAGAGAUUACCCCAUUAAUACGUACAUAAUAGUAUAUAAUAGUAAAUAAUAAUUAGGUUUGUAGUGUUGUUGUUGUGACGUCAGCAGCAGUCGACGUGUUUACACUCAGCUGGAGGCAGUCAACACUACUACAUUACUCUCUAAAUUGUAUAAUGAAUUGUGAUAUUAAAAGUGUGACAUUACAAAAUUGAGAUAUUGAGGGAGUUGACAAGCUACCAAAAUGGGGGCCGGUAGCAGCAGUAUUAGUGACCUGGCCUCCAACCAGUAUCUUAAGAGAUUCGUCAGCACAGAAGUCAUUACUGCUAAUGAUCCCUUUUGGAAUCAACUCCUCUCAUUCACAUUUUCUAUACCAGAUACAAGUGCAGACCAUCGUCUUUUGGAGGAAUCUGUGACAUCGCUUUACAUGGAACUUCUGCAAAACCAUGCAACCAGUGGUAAUGUUGCAGCCCUCAUACGUGUGUUCCUUUCCAGAGCAACUGAGCUCAAAGCAUCAGCACAGUGUGACAACAGUGUGUUCACAUGGCAAGCAUACAAUGCACUCUUUAUUGUUCGUUGUGUAUGUAAGUUACUUGUGCAACAUUUGUCAGAAGAGGAAGUAAUUGAAGUUCUGCAGACACCUCCACCAUCCACAGAAGGUACAUUACCAGAAGAUAAUUCAAAUCUAGUGGAGGAUCUGGUGACAAGCCUAGUUGAAAUCAUAGUGGAUGUACCUUUGGUUGACCUCACAUACUCCCUUCACCAUGAAGCCACAACCACACUCUUAGUUCUCACAUCAGCUUUGGUCUUUGCAUCGGGGGAGCUGUGCUACCUAACUAUUCUCAAAAUGCUAAUGACUGGUCGUGCUUCCAUUCAUGCCUGUCUGUUUGUCAAGACUUUGUUAAAGCGUUUCAUGGCCCAAGACAAGCAGCCUGUUAAAUCUGAAGGUGGCAGCGUUGUACUUGGAUUAGCCUCUGGACUAUGGAAUGUGCUGACCUUGGGGUUAGUUGGAAGUGGAGAAGACUCAAGUAAAAAAGGUCCAGAAUCUCCUUUAGCCUCACAGAGUGUACUGCUGCUUUUGGUGCUUGCCAACCACUAUACAGCUGAUCGUACUACAAGAAAUCCAUACCGGCAGGCACUACUUCAUGCACAGAACUUUCAUGAUCCUGCAGAAAGCACACCAACUCAGGCAGUUGCAACAUUCAAAUUAGAGUUUGCCACAUUAUACAAGACAUUAUAUAUGCAUCUUCACGACGACCAGACAACGCUGCUCCUUUACCUCCUCCUCCACAAAAAUGAGGAUUUCCGCACCUACGUCCUAGCCCGAACAGACAUGGAAAGUUUAAUUCUACCAAUCCUCCAUACACUUUACCAUGCACCAGACAGCACCUCCCAUCAUAUUUAUAUGUCACUUAUCAUAUUACUCAUUCUCUCUGAAGAUGAUUCAUUCAACAAAACAAUUCAUGAUAUACCUUUGAAGAACAUCACGUGGUACACAGAGCGUCUGAUCAGUGAUAUCUCUCUCGGUGGUCUCCUCAUCCUCGUUGUCAUUAGAACUAUAACUUACAACAUGACUAAAAUGAGGGACAAAUAUCUGCAUACCAACUGUUUAGCUGCCUUGGCCAACAUGUCGAGCAAGUUCCGGUCCCUCCACCCAUACGUAUGCCAGCGCCUUGUUAGUCUGUUUGAAACCCUAAGUAAGAGACAUGCCCGUCUGUGUGAGUCGAUCAAAAUGGCUGAAGAUCUUCUUGAAGAAUCUGAAAAUGAUAUGCCAGAUGCUCUAAGUGAUGUUAGUGUCCUGGAGGAAGUCCUUCGUAUGGUUUUGGAAAUUCUGAACUCUGUCCUGACCCAUCAGUUGUCCCACAACCACAACUUGGUUUAUACAUUGCUCUACAAACGACAUCUUUUCCAUCCCUUCUCCACACACCCCAACUUUCAAGAUGUGACGCAAAAUAUAGAAAUGGUUCUUUCAUAUCUGAUGGGUCGUUUGGAGACUACAAAGAGGGAUCCUGGAGUCCAUGACGUACAAGAAGUGAUCCAGCAAGGUGUGCUUCAUUUACCAAAAGAUCGCUUAAAGAAAUUCCCAGAGUUGAAAUUCAAAUACGUUGAAGAAAAUGAACCUGAAGAGUUCUUUAUUCCUUAUGUAUGGACACUAGUAUACCACAAGUCAGGACUGUAUUGGAAUCCUAAGUGCAUUUGUAUGUUUGAUCCCUCUCAACCAGAUGGCUAAUACUAAGCUGUAAUCAGAUAGUGUUUUGUUUCUGUGCUUUUUUUUUUAUUCUGCAUUUUGUUAUGAUUUCAAAGGUUUAUUGUUAGUAAAGGCAAAAAAAAAUUGCAUAAAAUAGUUGACAGGCAAGAUUAAAGUUUAAUGGUACUGUAGUUUUUUAUGAACGUAAUAUAUUUAAGGAUAAUUAGAUUUUUUGUAUGACAGUAAUUAGAAAGUUUAUAUACUUAAAAUCAGUGCAGAGUAUUAUUAGGUAUGAUUAAAUUAGCUGAUUAAUUGAUUAGUUUUUUUUUUUUUUUUACUUGAUUAGAGACCUUUAACUUUUACCCCUGCAUGUUAUUUCACCAUCUAAUAAUAGCAACUGUACAAGGUUCAAAUGCUGUAUAUUUAUAAUGGUUAAGUAAUGGGUGGUUAUAAUUAAGGUACUUUGGAAAAUAAUUUAUUUAUUUUGGUAUUAGUACAGAAAAGAUCAUCUCUACAAGAAAUGAACUAAAAAAUAGUGGUUAAAAAAAAAAAGUCUCCACUCUAAAUCUUAGUAUCAGAGGGGAAGAAUCCGACCAGAAAAUAUUCGCUCGAUGCAGGUUAUCAGCCAUUGCAUUAUAGCCUCCAGUGUACAUAAAGGAUUAACUGUGUAUACUAUACAGAUAUAAAACUCCCUAUUAUUACUAAGUGCUAAACCCACAAGGGUCUUACAGCAUAAAACCCUAUAAUAGGGGGCAAAAGUAAUGUAACCUUACUGUUAGUGACAGUGGACCGAUUCCUUUAUGCCUUUCCUUCCUUAUAGCUGAUAGGCAUUGAAACUAUCAGCCUAAUCUAGUCUACAUCUAAUUGGAAGUGGAAGCAUUAUGCUGUACAUAAUGGCAGACUUGAUUGCUGAUAAGUCUUGGAGAAUACCUGUGUCACUAUUAAUAUCUGAUAUGCAGGGAAUUAUUCUGAUUAUACUAUGUGGAGUUCUUAAGUGUUGAACAAGGAACAAAUUGGAUUUUAAUGUUUUCUUGGGUACCAGUUAAGUUUUUCACUGAUCAUGGUCUUCCAAUGGAUUGUUUAAAGUAUUCUAUCUUGACAUUUCAAUAUACUUGCAUAUAAUUUUCACUUGUAGUGCAGUACUAUAUAAUAGUGGGUAGUGACCCAUUAGUAAUUUCUCAGUAUUUUUGUACAUCAUUGACCUGCAAUUGUAAACAUUUAAUUUUUACUCUUAAAAGUCAAAAUUAUCCUGAUUAAUCCUUAUAAUUGUUCAUCAGUCUUUCUAGUAACUUUCCAGAAAGUGAUAGUACUGUUCAGAACCAUAAUUUCCUGGUACAAGGAAGUUACAUAUUGAUUUAUGCACUCUUCCCUUUUCAUACAUGCAAAAUAAUUAACCUCAAUCUUUGUAAUAAAAAAAACCAUACAUACAUUCAGCUGGAAUGAGUAAUACUGUAAUAUUUGCAUAAAAAUCAGUUUAA